CCGAGUUCGGCUUACCAAGUUACCCUCCUGUCAGAAAUAAGCUUCGUGGACCAGCCCAUCCAGCGUUGCAUGCAUGUGCCCUCCUUCACGUCAUUGCGAUCCUUGCUGUCAUGACCUUCCGCUGCUCCCGAUGCAGCCAGUCCUACCAGUAACCAGGGUUGUUCAUCCGCCCGUCCAACUCUUCCCUUCUCUUUAUCCUCCUCGUGUCUUAUCAUCUCUGCUUUCCGUGCCGUUGUUCUCGCAGGUCGUGGGCAUCCUCAAUCCAUCUUGAUCAGUCCUCGUUCACCGAAGCCGCGCGGCCGUUGUUCAUCAUGGCCGCUAUCGACCUCCUCGCCCUUGAAGCACGGCACCAAGUGAUUAAGCGAAGCAACUGGGCCGGCGAGAACCCGGGUGUGGUCCUGGUCUUCUGCAUCGUCUUCAUCGUUGCUGUGGGAAUCAUCGCACUCUUCAUCUACCGAAAAUGCAUGGCACGAAAAGCAGCCAAACAGUCAUAUGAGGUCGAAGCUUGAACCUGUGACUGAUCCGACCGAUGAUGCUGUGAUACGAGAGUAUUGGAGGAAGAAGGAUGGAAGGAUGAAAAGGAUACGAUUUUUCGGGCUGACUACGUCGCUGCAACGAUCGAUACGCACGUUCUCCUUAUCUUUGUGUGCCUUUUGUCCGUCCGUCAAGGAUACCCGCUUGUGCUUUGGUGGAUCUGGGCGCUGACGGAUUGCGUUGAUUUAAUGAAUCUUGGACUGUGUUGGCAUAAGGGUACAGAGUCUUAGUUGGAUGGGAAGAGAGGAUAUACUGAAUACAUACUUUUUAAUUAUCCCAAUUAUAUUAUCCCAACUGAAUGAUAU